UCAGGUGAGUUACCUGAUUUUGUUGGAGGCGAACGAAAUGGACACAAUCCGACUUUUCUCCCCCUUGGAUGAUGAAUGUCCACUAGCGGGUCGCAGUGUUUGAAUUAUCACUUGAGGAAGGCGGAAGGUGCAGCUUGCGCGCAUUUGACGGUUGCGUCAGUUUUACGCACAGACGAACCACAGAAAGAGAGGGAGAGAGAGGUGAAGUGAGGAGAGCGAGUGAGGAGGAAAUCGGAGGGCAGCUGGAUGGUAUAAAUGUUGCCGGAAACGGUUGGAUGCCGGCGCUUUAAUGAAACGGGCACCUGCACCCUGGGAACAUGUCGUGACCGUUUUGAUACCUGUGGGCUACGUGGCACCAUUGCUGCACCUUCGCACCGAUCUGCCCUGAUAGCAAGUUUGGGCCUCAACGAGGGACCUUCUCCAAAGCUCUUGCGUGCAUCUGCUCUUCUGACUCAGAGUAUAUUCCUCCAGGCGAUGGAGACGUUGCUUAAUUAAGGCAGGAAUAGCUUUUGCUUUUGCUCUUGUGAAGUUUUCAUUUUAGGCUCUGGAUCAUUUACCCUCCUUAAUUCUUUUUUUUUUUUUUAAAGAUUGGUUGCUGCUUAAGAUUUUUACGGGAUGAGUUGUUCAGCCUGAAGUAUAUGUCCAAGUCCAAAUAAGCUCCUCGCAGGACACACUGAGGGAAGGACACGGCGAGGGAAAAGGUGGAAAAAAAAAAGUUGUGAAGAGCAGAUGGCUUUGCUGUUCGCAAACCAACAGCCGAAUGAAUAAAACAUUUAAAUAAGGGGAGACGUGACAUCUGGAAGAAGGCCUGGUGUGUGAUGGUGUCCCCCCACCGCUCAGUCUCGGAGACAUGCCCGUGCAGGAGAUGGCGGUGAGUCCUGUCAAGUCCCUAUACUGGGAGAAGUUCCCCCCUAUGUCCCAGCGCAGAGUCUACUGCACCCCCAUCUAUCACGAAGGCCUGGUCUAUGUGCUGGGGGGCUGCAGUGAGACCGGCAUGCCCCUGGACAGCGCGGAGGUGCUUGAUGUGGAGAGCCAGACGUGGAGCCAGUUGCCGCCGCUGCCAACGGCGAGGGCGGGGGCUGCGGCCGUGGCGCUAGGGGGGCAGGUCAUGGUCCUGGGAGGAAUGAAUCAGCAACAGACCCCGUUGGCGUCAGUGGACGUUUUUCACCCAGAUGAGGGCAAAUGGGAGCCGAAGGCCAGUCUGGGGCAGCCAUCCAUGGGCGUUACCACCGUGCAGAAAGAUGGCAAGGUGUACGCAUUGGGCGGCAUGGGGCCGGACAUCACACCUCAGGCCCUGGUGAGAGUUUAUGAGGCAGAAAAGGACCAAUGGCAGCCGCUGACCUCAAUGCCGACGCCGCGAUAUGGAGCCACGCCCUUCCUAAAAGGAAACAAAAUCUACAUCAUGGGUGGUCGUCAAGGAAAGAUGCCGGUGACGGCGUUGGAGGCAUUCGACCUGGAGAUGAAGAGCUGGACACGCUACCCCUGCAUUCCGAGCCGGAGGGCUUUUUCCUGCUGCGCAACAAAUGAGCGAAGCUUAUUUAGCCUGGGGGGCCUGCAACAGCCGGGACCGCACAACUUCUACUCCAGACCUCACUUUGUCAGCACCAUGGAGGAAUAUGAUCUGGAUCAAGGCAUCUGGAUCAAACCCAGUCGAACGUCAAAGAUGCGAGAGAAGAGGGCGGACUUUGUAGCAGGUUGUCUAGGUGGACGGGUCAUUGCGGCUGGUGGUCUUGGCAAUGAGCCGUCACCGUUGGGCUCAGUCGAGAGCUACAACCCGGUCAAGCGACGUUGGGAGUAUGUGCCGGCCAUGCCCACCGCUCGCUGCUCGUCUGCUCUCCUGCAGACCACCGGCAUGCUCUUCGUCAUCGGAGGAGUGGCGCAGGGACCGAGCAAUGCGGUGGAAGCGCUCUGCUUACAGGAAACGGUGUGACGCGUGCGCCGAGAGCAAUCCUCACGACGGAGAAAAGCCGCACUGAUAAGGAUAGUUUGUCGAUUCUUGUGUGGAAAAGGCUGAAAUGUGUGGCUUGGAUGUGGAGGCUAUCAUCCUCACAUACUUUUCGAACUUCUUGUGCAACCAACGGAUUCUUUUUGAUGGUUUACACAUUCGGCAAGCAUUUUUAAAAAGAAAAAAAAGGCAUCUGGGGACUUUUGCUGACAGUGCGGGACGAAUAAAUACAAGGACAGCUAAGAUCGCUGCGACGGAUAAGGAGAUAAAACUGACAGCUUGUCUUCCUUGUACAUGUCAGAGGAAGAUAGGGGGUCGGGGGGAGAGCAAAAAAUAGACAAACACUCAUACGCAGUAUCUGAAGACACAUGCCUUUGAACUAUUGAACAUUUUUCAGUAUAAAAGCAGGGUACUUUUCUGGUUAUUAAAGGAACAUAGGGCCAUAUCUGUAUUGAGACCCCCUGCUGCUGCAUCAGCAAUCUGACAUUUUUUUAUGAUUUUUUUUUUUCCCGUAACAAUGUGGUUGUGGGACAUUUUUUGUUCUUGAGCUUUGUUACAGUGGUGUUUAAGAGUGUCUGUUCCUGGCGACUUCCACUAUGUCGUCAUGAUCAGUGAGUCCUUGUAGGCAGUGACAGUGGUGUUUCAUUGAUUUGAUACGAGAUUGAUGUGAUUACCCCUGGGCAAGGCAAGUACUGUGACCCCCCCCCCCUAUUUGGACCGACCCACUGGAAUGAGGGACCAUUAUUUGGUAACGUGAGCUUGAGCUCAAAUGGACAUAACAGUGGAUCAAAUUUAAUACAAGAAAAAAGAUUUAUUCUGGUAUGUUAUUUAUAUUAAAACAGUACUUAAAUAUCUUGUAAUGCACAACUUGGGUUAAAUUAAUCCACCCCCCCAACCCCUCAUCAUUGUUAGAUUUGAAAUGAAUCAGUGCUUGGCUUUUCAUUAAAAAAAAGAAAGUAAAAUUAUUGAGGACUUCUACUUGUAUGACAUGUACACUUUCAGAACAUCGAUUUCAGGCGUCUAUACAGUAUAAGCACUGUAUCAAUGUUUCCCAACAUUAAUUGAGCCAAGGCACCCAUUUUAAUCUGUGGUACACCACAAAACAAAAAUGUCACCCCCCCCCCAAAAAAAACAUGAAUAUUGAAAUAAUGACCAUCUUGCCUCA